AUGCUCAAUUUCAACAACCAUAAAUGCACUGCCGGUUCCGGUUCUCAUAAGCCAAGUUCUACAUGCUGCACAGCAAAGGAAGGAGGUGAGACCCCACGGAUAGACGCCGCGAUAAAUAGCGUGAUCGACGAAAGUGAUGAGACGCUGCGGAGUGUUCUAGCGGAAAGCCUCAGUUGCUACGUGGAGACGGAAACGAUAUCAUCAAGCUGGAAGAAGUCAAAAAGAAUGGUAUUGUUCAAGAAGAGCGAGAAGGAAGACCUGAGGUACUACCGCCCCAUUUACCUCCUCCCACAAGUCUACAACCUGUUCACCAAGAUUAUCAGCAUUGGACUCUCAGCAAGUUUGGACGAAUAG